AUGAAGACCACCUACCUCACCUCGCUCAAGGCGGCCUUCGACCCCUUCUCCAGAACAGCGAUAGUACCUCGCCUCUUUCUCGGUCUCCUCCCAACAAACGCACACAAGUCUAUCCAGAUCAAGACUACACAACUACCACGAAAUUCAAACCAGCCGGCGCUUCUCGAGCUGGGAUUUAAGGAUGGCAAGAAAAUGAGCUAUACUUGGGUAGAGCAGUCGAGGGAAGAAGCCAAGAAGGCGGACGUGAAGCCAGCUACCAUCCAGGAUAUCAUCGCUGAGGUCGACAAGCACGCGCGGAUAACGGGCCGCAAGGAGGAGUUAUCUGGCUAA